AUGAUGAAAAGUGAAGGCCAUCAGCUUAGUGGUAUUGCUAACAGUAGCAGGAGUGAUGGUAUGAAGGAGAUUGACGUCCAACAUCGAUCAACUCCUAGUGAUGGAAGCGGUCAACACGUUAAAACUGAUCCAGAUAAGCAUGAUGCCUCUCGGUCAUCCCAAGGGGAGACUGAGAAAGAGGACCCCACUAAUGCGAAGCCUGUUUUCAAGGAGCUCAGUCUAGACGAUUUGGUCGCUCCUCCCGGGCCGGCUUGUGUCCUGGAUGAUCCCAAACUAAAAGCCGCUUAUGACUACUGUGAUACCACCACUGCAGCUGUUAUCGACGUUGCUAUCAGGCAAGCGACGGCACUGUGUGAGCGUGGAAUAGAAGAACAGUUCGAGGUGGCUGAGGCUGAAUUGAGGGUUGCCUUAAUAGAGGCAGAAAUGGAGGCCUAUAAGUGA